UGUAAGAAUAUCACCUUUGCCAUCUUGAAAAAAAAAAUGAAAAAAUCACGCCGAGAGAAAAUGGAAUCUUCUAUUCCGCUCCCUGAGGGGAAAAAACAGCUGCCGUUUUACAAAUAACGCCUCUCAUUACUCAAAAUUUAUUUUUCUUAACUCAUUAUCAAAAUUUUAAAAUUUUCCCUCUCCUUAAACGUCUCUUCCCCUGCCUAGAUAUAUCCUCUGCUUGUAAACAGUCUUGAGGAAUUGAAGAAGAAAUCUUUGAAUGAUAAAAAAAAAUACCACUUCAUCAAGAAUGUCCUCUGAAGGAAGUUUUCAAGAGUUUCAAUUCUCAGAAGUUUCGGAAAGUAGAAAGAAGGUUGAUGUUCAGAUGAUUCAGAGCCUGAAUCCUCAGCAUACGCAGAAUCAUGGAGAAAGAGCUGGACAUAGAGAGACGGAUGCUUCACAAUCUGAAUCCGAGUUUAACUUGCGCAAGAGUUUGGCAUGGGAUAGCGCCUUCUUCACUAGUCCAGGAGUUCUGGACCCUGAAGAGUUGGAGACGCUUAGCAUUCGGAUUGUAGAUAAUGGAGGAUACACAACCAGGGGCGGGGAACUGAGGUCUGUACCCUCUCAGCCUGUCGGACCAGAAAGAAACAAUGGAAUUGAUGAGUGCGCUCUGCGCAAAAGUUUAGCUUGGGAUAAUGCCUUUUUUACAAGUUCAGGAGUUUUGAAUGCCGAGGAGUUGUCUCUUGUAAAUGGAGGAUUUAGACCAUCUGAAGCACAUUUACUUCCUGGGAUUGAAGAAGUUUGGAGUUCUAUUCAAUCGAACUCAACAAGAAAUACCGAUUCUUACUCCCUUGCGAGCCUUGAGAUUGAUCUUUUAGACAAUAUGAGAGCAUUCAUGCAAAAAUCACAUGAGGCAUCAUCCAAUAGGCCAACAUCAACCGGAAAAGUUGGUAGAGAAAAUGAAAUGCGAAGGGGCAAUACUUCGAAAAUAUUGGAUGAUUCCUCUCGAUUAAGAGUUGCACCUAACAAAGAAUCCAAAUCUUUUCUCAAGCCACCAAAGAUAUCAUGCCGUACUCGCACUCUAUCCACAGCUCCCAACAAAAGGGCUUCUUUGGGUGUAAACCAUGUUAAAUUGGAAAACAAAAGUGCACAAGUUGCUUCUGGGAGAACCAAGAUUGUGUCAAAGAAAACUUGUAUCCGGGGUUCAUGCAGUAUUGUCCCAAGUUCAGCACCACCAGUGAAAUCACCUUCUUCAGUUUUGCCCACUGCUGGGAAAGGGUUUGGAGGAUUUUGCUGUGCUCCUAAUUUCACUGGUAAAUCUCCUCCAGAUUCCCUGAGGAGAACAGUUAAUUCCCAAGUGUCUAGUUCUGUUUCAACCUCUAGAACUCCUUCAAAGCAUUCAUUUGGAAACAAAAAUGAAUUGAUGAAAUCCAGCGACUCUAUCUGUUUAUUAUCCACGCCCAAGUCAUCAUCUUGUCCAUCACCUGCUAGUUCCAUGGAUGGAUGGUCCUCAGAAUCAUCUUCCAUCGUUCUUAACCCAAGAUCAAAUGGUUUUGCUGCCAUUCUUGCAACCACAGCAUGCACAGGGAUUUCUUUUGGCAAGGAUGCCUCUCAAGUAACAAAUUCUCAGAGACGUCGUUAUGAAGAACCUUCUUUGGUACAUGAAAGUCAGGAAACAAGCUUCAUGACAGCGCAACCAAACAAAAACUUCGAGCGAACCAGUCUUGUUAGGUCCAAUGUUUCAAAAAGCUUAACAUCUUCAAGUCUUCGAAUGCCAUUGCCGAAGAUUGGAUAUUUUGAUGCGGAAAAUUUCGUGGAUAUAGCACCACCAAAUGGAGGCCUGAAGUUUUCCUCUGGUGUACAAUGCACUUCUUCCAAAAACAGUAGUGGUACAAGUGAUGCCAAUGGAGCUACAGAUAGAACAAGAUAUGGCAUGCAUCGGCUGGCAGGAGCCACAUCGAUGUCCGUGAGUAAAACAGGCACAAAGGAGCAGGUGCUGGUCUGCUUACAGGAGAAGAAGCAACCUGUGAAAGAGCGUGCAGUUAUCAAGGGGCAUGAUCGUGGAAAUAAAGUGCAUAGAAUCGAUGAAGAUAAAGAAAACAUUGGUGGUUUUGAAAAUCAAGUUGAUGACUUGAGCAGACGCGUGCAAGGCAUUGCUUUUUGCAGGGAAUUGAUAACGUAGUCUAAAGUAAAUAAAUGUCCUUCACCGUUAGCUGUCUCCAUUAUUUACAAGCGUGUUCAAUUUUUUAAAUUUUGUUAUCCGAUUAACUCCACAGUAAUAACAUAAAAAUAAGUGGAUUUUGAAUGCAAGCGCCUUCUCCUUCUAUAUUGAUGUGGGUCAUAAAGCACAUUGCCGGAAUAAUAAAAAAAAAUUGGGAGAA